AAAGAAUUGCACCCCGAGAGCGUGAAAACAAAAGCUGGCCCUUAGCCUUCACUCCCACACUCACUUUCCACCGCACAAAUCUCACAGCCGCCGCCAUGAUCAUUUUCAAGGAUAUCCUCACCGACGACGAGAUCAUCUCCGACUCCUACGACCUGAAGCUGGUUGAUGGUGUUGUCUACGAGGCCGACUGCAAGAAGAUCAGCGUCGGUGGUGAGACCUUCGACACCGGUGCCAACGCUUCUGCUGAGGAGGCCGAGGAGGGUGCUGAGGAUGGCGUCGAGACCAAGAUCGACGUCGUUUACUCUUUCCGCCUGAAUGAGACCGGUUUCGACAAGAAGGGCUACCUGACCUACCUCAAGGGCUACAUGAAGGCCGUCAAGGCCAAGCUCCAGGAGAACGGCUCCUCCGCCGAGGAGAUCACAGCUUUUGAGAAGGGUGCUGCCGCUUACGCCAAGAAGAUCGUCGCCAACUUCAAGGACUACGAGUUCCUCACUGGCGAGUCCAUGAACCCUGAUGGCAUGAUUGUUCUCCUCAACUACCGUGAGGAUGGUACCACUCCCUACGUUACCGUCUGGAAGCACGGUCUCAGCGAGAUGAAGGUUUAAAGCCUCUCGCGACGGACGUGGAGGAGCGGGGUUGGAUUGGUUCAUUGAUUUACGAAUACCUAUUGCAUGAUCGGAUAUGCGCCAUAGUGCGACAAAAAAUACGAAUCUAGACGACCCGCUGCUAUUGCGGCAAGCA